CAGAUUCAGCCAAGCACUGUACGGGCGAGGAGAGCAUUGACAUAGCUAGCUACGGACUAGCUCACUUUCAGUACUUCAAACAUGGACCAGGACAACAAUUCAGAGGAUGAGUCAGUCGGCCCAUCAGAGGACCCUUCAGAAGAGGAACUGCCCAGUCUACCUCCAGGGCUCUCGGAUGGUGAAGCAAUGGAGCUGCUGUGGCAGUUAAGAUCCCAGCGCCGCCAGGCAUCUCCUGAGCUCCCAGAGACAGUGAGCACUCUUACUGCCCCAGACGGCAGCAUCCUAUACCUGGUUGGCACUGCCCACUUCAGUGACAGCAGCAAAAAGGAUGUUGCCACGACGAUCCGCGCCGUGCAGCCAGAUGUGGUGGUGGUGGAGUUGUGCCAGUACAGGGUGUCUAUGCUGAAGAUGGAUGAGAAUACACUGCUGAGGGAAGCCAAAGACAUCAACCUGGAGAAGGUUCAGCAGGCCAUCAAACAGAAUGGACUGAUGUCUGGCCUCAUGCAGAUACUCCUGCUCAAAGUUUCAGCUCACAUCACAGAGCAACUGGGCAUGGCUCCUGGAGGAGAGUUCAGGGAGGCCUUCAAAGAGGCUGGACAAGUGCCGUUCUGUAAAUUUCACCUUGGGGACAGGCCGAUCCCCGUGACGUUCAAGAGGGCCAUCGCAGCUCUCAGUCUGUGGCAGAAGGCCCGUCUGGCGUGGGGUCUCUGCUUUCUGUCAGACCCAAUCAGCAAAGAGGACGUGGAGAAGUGCAAACAGAAGGACCUGCUGGAGCAAACCAUGUUGGAGAUGAUCGGCGAGUUUCCUGCUCUACACCAGACCAUCGUGGCUGAAAGAGACAUCUACCUCACCCAUACGCUCCGCCAGGCCACACGCUGUGUGGAGACCCCCCGUAAUGCCCAGAAAGUGCCUGCUGUGGUAGUGGGAGUUGUAGGGAUGGGUCACGUCCCUGGCAUAGAAAGAAACUGGGAGAAGCAGCUCAACAUAAAUGAAAUCAUGAGUGUUGCGCCUCCUUCACGUUUUGGCUGGCUGUUGCGCACAGUCAUAAAGGGUGUUGUGAUGGGAGUGCUGGGAUACACCUGCUACCUUGCCGGAGGGAGUUUAGGUAGAGGCCUGCUAUCUUUACCUGCAAUCCAAUCUUUCCUGGAGACUCCGCAGCCACCUCCUGCUCUAAGCCAACAGGGACACGACCUUUGAUUGAUU